GUAGGUGGCAGAAUAGUCCAUUGAAUUAGGUCAAACGAAAUCAAAGAAGAGUCUUCCGGUUUGCUGUGUUGUUUCUAGCUGUGUGUGCAUCGACCAGGCUCUUUAUUUUUAAGUAGUCACCAUGCAGAACAAAAAGACCAAAUCGACCUCCAAAAUAAAAGUGGGGAAGGUCGGUUCGAAAAACAAAGAUGAUGCACCCCAUGAGCUGGAGAGUCAAUUUGUCCUGCGGCUGCCUACGGAAUAUGCCUCAACAGUGAGAUGUAUUGCCCAGUCUAGCAGCAUGAACCUCAAAGACAGACUCACCAUUGAACUGCACGCUGAUGGUCGUCAUGGCAUCGUGAGAGUGGAUCGUGUACCUUUGGCGUGUAAACUGGUGGAUCUGCCCUGCAUCCUGGAGUCUCUGAAAACAGUGGACAAGAAGACCUUCUAUAAGACUGCUGACGUCUGUCAGAUGCUGGUGUGCACGUUGGAUGGAGACCUCUACCCUCCCUUGGAGGAACCCACCGGUACUGUAGACCCCAAGAAGAAGAAGGACAAAGACAAGGACAAGAAGUUUGUGUGGAACCAUGGCAUCACCUGUCCUCUGAAGAACACAAGGAAGAGAAGAUUCAGGAAGACGGCAAAAAAGAAGUACAUCGAGUCUCCCGACGUGGAGAAGGAGGUGAAGAGAUUACUGAGCACGGACGCAGAGGCCGUUAGUGUCCGCUGGGAGGUGAUAGCUGAGGAUGAGACCAAGGAGGCAGACAACCACGGCUCUCUGGCCAACCUGGACUCAUCACCUGGGACAUCGGGACACAAGAUGGGGCAUGGCUCCUCAGCCCAACGUGACGAGCUGAGGGAGAUCUUCAACGACAUCAGCAGCAGCAGCGAUGAUGAGGAGGACGAGGGGGACCUUCGUCAUGAGGACGAGGACCUGAACAUCAUGGACAUGGAGGAAGACCUGGUUAGACAGCUCCAAGACAAACUCAACGAGUCAUCAGACGGUGCUCGGGACGAGGCAGACAGGAACAACCAGAUAG